CCCAAUUUUAUAACCUAUAAAAUUGACUUGAUAGAUACCUCAAAUAGUAAAUAAUGUAUUUUGUUUAAUUUAUACUAAGAUAAUUAUAAAUCAAUUAUUAAAGUAAUAAUGUUGCCUCUAUCGCUUUUAAGAACGGCCCAAAACCAUCCCAUGCUGGUCGAAUUAAAAAAUGGCGAAACAUACAACGGUCAUUUAGUGAGUUGUGAUAAUUGGAUGAACAUUAAUCUCAGAGAAGUUAUUUGCACAUCAAGAGACGGCGACAAGUUCUGGCGGAUGCCGGAAUGUUAUAUACGUGGAAGUACAAUAAAAUACCUUAGGAUUCCUGAUGAGGUUAUUGAUAUGGUGAAGGAAGAAACUCAAGUGAAAGCGAGAGGUCGUAGCGAGAUCUCGAAAGGGCGGGGAGGUGGUCAGAACAUGAGAUCAGGACGCGGCGGAGCAAGAGGUGCGUUCGGAAACCGCGGUAGGCCAGCACCUUUGGCGCGAGGUGGAGGGAAUGUAGGACGGAAUCCGCAACAGAAUAAAAAUAAAAAGUAGUGUUUAUGUAGUUUAUUUUUUUAAUAAAUUAAGUUUUUUAU